AAACUAAAAAAACCAAAACGAGAAACCCGUUUCUUUCUGGUUCGAUUUGACGUCUUCGUUUACCUGAAAGAAACGACCUCCCGCCGCCGGGAAACCACCGUCUUCUCGCCCGCCACCGUAGGGUUUUCUUUUGGUACUCCUUAUGUCUACAGAAUCAGAACGUGCUCAUUCGGGCUCCGACGCCGUUGACGGCUCUAAUGCGUCGAGUAUUGAGGUCAGUAAUGGUCAGAUGUCUGAAACCCUAGCUGACCCCUUGAGUGGUCAAGCUCAGGAGCUGGUGGCAAAGCACGAUGGAAAUGAACAACAAGGCUGCGUCACUAUUAAACCAGGAAGCGAAAGUUUAGCUUCGGCUGGUGAUCUUGGGAUGGAGAAAAUUAAUGGGUUUACUCAUCUUGAGAAGCAAACCGAAUCUGUAAAUGGAGGGUUAGAUCUAGGCAUUGUAACCCAUGAUGUAGGUGUAGAGACUAACGAAAGUGAGAAGAAGGUCCCAGUAGCUAGCGAAGAUGUAUCGGUGGUAGAUGGUGAAAAAGAUUCGAAUAGGAUCCAAACGGAGCUUCUGGUUGACAAGGAAGUUGAACCUGACAUGGUCUCUUCUCAUGAAGACCUUGGUGAGGAUAGUAAACCCGAUGACUCAGGAAAGCAAGAAACAAAAGUUGACAACUUUGAAUGUUUUAUGGAUUUAGAGCCACAUGAGAGCAAGGAUGAGAGUAUUUUGGAUGAUGAUAAUGCCCCUGUAAAUGUGAAAGGGAAGUUCAAUGAAUCAGAUUUGGUUUGGGCUAAAGUAAGGAGCCAUCCAUGGUGGCCUGGACAAGUGUUUAAUGCAUCGGCUGCAACAGGCAAAGCGAAGAAGUACUUCAGAAAAGGCAGUUUCUUGGUAACAUAUUUCGGGGAUUGCUCGUUUGCUUGGAAUGAUGCGUCACGGAUAAAGCCUUUUCGACAGCAUUUCUCCCAAAUGGCAAAGCAGAGUACUCUACCAGAUUUUCUUGAUGCUAUUGAUUUUGCUUUAGAAGAGGUAUCAAGAAGGAUAGAGUUCGGUUUAGCUUGCUCUUGUAUCUCAGAGGAAGUCUAUCAGAAGAUCAAGACCCAAAAAAUAAUCAAUCCUGGAAUCCGAGAAGAGUCGAGCAGAAUACACGGUGGAGACAAGGUCUCGAGUGCAAUCUUCUUUGAACCUACAAACCUUGACUAUAUGAAGCGUUUAGCAUGCUCUCCUAGUUAUGAUGCUACUGAUGAGCUGCUUGUAAGUCAGAGAGCUCGGUUAUUGGCUUUCAAUCGCUGGAAAGGCUAUACUGACCUCCCCGAGUUUGAGACACUUCAGGGCUCAGUAGAGUCUGCACCCAAGAUUUCUCCUGCAGAAGAGAAAAGUAGCUUAACUGAAGCGAAAGUGUCUGCUCCUGAACCGAAAAAGACUAAACAAGUUUAUACUAAGAGGAGAAAGACAGAAGAUCAAGAUGACUGUAAACACGAUGGAGUAUUCGAAUAUGAAGAUACUACUGUUCCAAAGAAAAAGGAGAAAACUUUGGCUGAGUUCAUUGCUGAGAAACGCUUAAGCAGAUGUAAUGGGAAGAGAUCACAUGAAAAUUCGGAUAAUAAGCCGGAUUGCGAAAAGAAACGCAAGGCUGUGCACUCAAAACUUCCCAAGUCCGCGACAAAGAUCAAGGCGAACCUGCAGACAGAAGUUUCAGGAUCUCCAAUUUCUCCCAAGAAUGAUGAUAAGAUUACACCAAAGAAAGCGAGAACAAGUUUUGGAAUUGGAGAAAGCAUUUUGAGAGUAGCAAACCAGAUGCAUUGUUCAACACCUACCGGAGCUCAUCCCAUUUAGUUGUUUUUUCCUUAAUGUAAUGCGCUUGCGACUCGAGCUCUCUUAAACCCAUUUUAUCCAAUUUUCUCUUAAUGGCAGUAGAAAGUGGUUAGUUAUGUCGUAGCUAUAAAAUCUAUACGUAUGAACAUG